AAGUUAAAGGGUCAUAGUAAUUCACAAUUUUCGGGGGUUAUACUUUUUGGACUCGAUCUAAAAUGUUUAGAAAAACGUCGAAACCUAGAUCAAAACUUUAAAGCUCAAUCACGAAAAAAACCAUUUAAUGAACUUCAAUCUGAAUCACAAAAAAAUAAACGCCUCAAAGCCUUGGCUUAUGAUAUUCGUGAUGAGGUUGAGUCUGCAAUCCAACUACAUAACUUUCAUGAUACUGUAUUGAAAUCUAUAGAGCUAGAUGUAAAUGAGUUACAUGUUAAUUUUCAAAAUUUGGAAUCUGAAAAAUAUCAAUCAAAUCAAUUUUUAGAUUCAAUUGUUUGCGCAUGCGAUAAGUUGUUAAUUUCUCGUAACGCAUAUUGCCAGCUAGCAGCUAUUAUGCCCGAAAUGGAGUGUGAAUAUAAAAUUGAGAGGCGUCGACAAGAAAUAACAAAGAUUAUGGAUAAUAAAAUUCCAAUUCACACGGCUCAAGUUAAUUCUUUAAAUGGAGCUUACAGAUCACUUAAAGAUAUUUUGUUUAUUUUAAUAUCUAAAUUAGCAUACAGAAAAUCACCAGUUUUACAAUUAGGGGAUGUUAUUCAUGUUAAGUUAAGUGGAGAUGGAAGGCAAGUGGGCAAGCACCAUAAUCACGUAAUGGUAACUGCGUGUAUAUUAAAUGAGCAUGAUAUG